CACUUCACUUUGCUGAACAAGUGGCAACCAUGUUAGUUCUCUCUCACUUUGCUACCAAAAACCCUACUACUAGAUCUUUUUGUUGGGCCUCACAGAAGCUUUAGGAGGAGAGAGAUAUAGUACUAUUGCCAUGUGAAGAGUGUGAAUUUCACAUAUAUAUUACAUACUUCUAAUUAAAAAACCCUUUUGAAAGUUGGUUUUGUUGAAGAAGUUGAAACUGGUUUUUGAAUCUGUAAAAUUCAAUGGAAACAAGAAGAGGGUAUUCUGUUUUGUGGUUUGUAGCUCUCUUUGGCUUCUGGGCUUCUGCAAAUGCUUUGCUUUCCCCCAAAGGUGUCAACUUUGAAGUGCAAGCUUUGAUGGGUAUAAGAGAUUCAUUAGAUGAUCCACAUGGUGUUUUAGAGAAUUGGGAUGUUAAUGCUGUUGAUCCAUGUAGUUGGACAAUGGUAACUUGUUCAGCCGAUAAGCUAGUCAUUGGCUUAGGAACUCCAAGCCAGAACUUAUCGGGUAGUCUUUCGCCUAGCAUCGGGAACUUGACAAAUCUCCAGAUUGUGUUGUUGCAGAAUAAUAACAUAUCAGGGCCAAUUCCCACUGAGCUUGGGAGGCUUCCGAAACUACAGACACUUGAUCUUUCUAACAAUUUCUUCACCGGUGAAAUUCCCUCUUCUUUAACCCAUCUGAAAAGCCUUCAAUACCUGAGGCUAAACAAUAACAGUCUUUCUGGAUCAAUUCCUUUCUCGUUGGCUAAUAUGACCCAACUUGCAUUUCUGGACUUGUCGUACAAUAAUUUGAAUGGUCCUGUACCAAGGUUUCUUGCUAAAACAUUCAACCUUAUGGGAAACCCAAAGAUAUGCGCAACCGGGACAGAGAAAGACUGCAAUGGAACAACAGCAAUGCCACUUUCUUACCCCUUGAAUAAUGCACAAAGCUCUCAACCUUUGGGGAGGCCUAAAGGUCACAAAUUUGCCUUAGCAUUUGGAUCAAGCCUUGGCUGCAUCUGCCUACUUGCUUUUGGGUUCGGAUUUCUUCUCUGGUGGAGGCAAAAACACAACCAGCAAAUAUUCUUUGAUGUAAACGAACAACUUCAUGAACAAGUAUGCCUUGGAAACUUGAAGAGGUUCCAAUUCAGAGAACUUCAGAGUGCAACAAAAAAUUUCAGCAGCAAGAGCAUAAUUGGGAAGGGUGGUUUUGGAAAUGUGUACAAAGGGUAUCUCCAAGACGGGACCGUUGUAGCUGUGAAAAGGCUCAAAGAUGGAAAUGCCGUUGGAGGGGAGAUUCAAUUUCAGACUGAAGUCGAGAUGAUCAGCCUAGCAGUGCACCGCAAUCUCCUUAGGCUUUAUGGGUUUUGUAUGACAUCAAGCGAAAGGCUUCUGGUGUACCCCUACAUGUCCAAUGGGAGCGUUGCUUCGCGUCUUAAAGCUAAACCAGCUUUGGAUUGGGGUACUAGGAAAAGAAUUGCAUUGGGUGCUGCUAGGGGUCUACUAUACCUGCACGAGCAGUGCGAUCCCAAGAUUAUUCACAGAGAUGUGAAGGCUGCAAAUAUAUUACUUGACGAUUACUAUGAAGCUGUGGUGGGAGAUUUUGGAUUGGCAAAGCUUUUGGAUCACCAAGAUUCACAUGUCACGACUGCUGUCAGAGGAACCGUGGGGCAUAUAGCCCCAGAGUAUCUCUCAACAGGCCAGUCAUCAGAGAAAACCGAUGUUUUUGGGUUUGGAAUCCUUCUACUUGAAUUGAUCACUGGUCAAAGAGCCCUCGAAUUUGGGAAAACAACAAACCAGAAAGGAGUUAUGCUUGAUUGGGUUAAGAAAAUUCAUCAGGAAAAGAAACUUGAUACGUUGGUCGACAAGGACCUGAAAAACAACUAUGAUCGGAUUGAGCUUGAAGAAAUGGUUCAAGUGGCUCUCCUGUGUACCCAAUAUCUUCCGAGUCAUAGACCCAAGAUGUCUGAAGUAGUUAGAAUGCUCGAAGGAGAUGGACUUGCAGAGAAAUGGGAAGCUUCACAGAGAGCCGACACAACCAGGUGCAGAGCAAAUGAGUUCUCUUCUUCAGAGCGGUACUCUGAUCUCACAGAUGACUCAUCCUUGCUCGUCCAGGCAAUGGAGCUAUCAGGACCCCGGUGAUCAAAUUCUAGAAGAGAAACAUGAAAAUAAAUCUGUCACAGAAUGCAACAGCAAGACUAUAUGUGUGGAAAUGAGUUUGUUGUAUAGUAUCAUGAUAUUCUCAAAGCUCUGGAAAGUGGUGGCAACUUCUGACUGUAUAGAAUCUGAUUUCAAUUACUGACAUUUAGGCCGUGUGUUUACGAGUCCUUUUUUUUCUUUUUUCUUUUUUGUAUUGAUGAGUGAAGGAAUUUUCUGGUUGUUUCAAACUUGUAAGAAUAAUGUUGUAAGAAAACAAGGAAUGAGUUUUAAGAGUUGUUUUCUAUAGGGUACAACAGAACUUCACAGAGAUUUGUUUUGAGUUCAAGAGUUUUUGGUAUUAGAAGCAAUCUUAUCAGAAAACUGUCUCCAGUCUAAUACUGU